AUGAGUUUCGACAUCCCUAGCGUCAGCGAGCUAAAGCGUGCCGCCGAGUGCGGGCAACGCAUCACACCCGAAGACGUGUCGGUGAUUUCGCAAGCCGAAACCGAGCUGACGGGCAGUGGGCCAGUUCGGGGCGGACCAGCCGCCACGGCGCAGAGCCUGUCGAUGCGCCAGAUGAACUUUGAUACCAAAUUCGACGAGGUGUCGCGUAAGCCCCAGAGCCAUAUCACGCAGGAGGAUGCGCGGGAGAUCCAAGCCACCGAGGGCCGUGCCUUCAAUAGACCGCCCGGGGUGGGCUCAGUCUCGGCGCAGGUGCGGUCAAUCGCCAAUCGCAACGAAGCCUUGGGUCUGCCUCCGGUUGCGGCGGAUGUGCCUGUGUAUGUGACCAAGGAGGAUGCACGGAUUGCGCAGCGGAACGAGUCCCUGCUGUAUGGCGGACAGAACCCGAGUGCCGGAAUGGCGGCACAGAUGCAGGUGAGUGGAGAAGUGAGAGUAAGCGGUGGACGAGGCUGA